AUGAGUUUAAAUAACAAAGUUGCUAUCGUAACUGGCGCAAGUUCUGGCAUUGGAGCAGCGAUUGCUGAAAAAUUCAGCAAUGAGGGAGCCCACGUAGUAAUGGUUGGAAGAAACGAAACUAAGCUAAGCGCUGUUGCAGCCCGAUGCAAGGACCCCCUCGUCAUCAAAGCAGAAUUAGGAAACGAUGAAAAUGUUCAAAGAAUAGUCAACGAAACGGUAAAGAAAUACGGCAAAGUAGACAUCUUAGUUAACAACGCGGGAUUAUCCGUCCCGGGAAGUGUCCUUACAGGGGACUUGCUAAAUUCAUACGAAGAAGUUAUGAAAGUAAAUUUCCGAGCAGUGGUUCAUUUGACGAAGCUGACUGCACCACACUUGAUUAAAACUAAAGGAAAUAUUAUUAAUAUAUCUAGUGUCGCUGGACAGAGAGUGUCCACGGAAAUUAUGAUGUACAGUAUUUCGAAAGCUGCCCUCAAUCAUUUUACCCAAGACGUUGCGUUGGAAUUGGCCCCGCAAAAGGUGAGGGUGAAUAGCAUAAGCCCUGGACCAGUGCGAACUGAUAUUUUGGAGAACAACAACCUCUCCUUAACAUGGGAUUCGUUGAAAACACAGACCGCUUUGGAUCGUGUGUCUGAGCCCGAUGAAAUUGCGGACCUUGCCUUGUUUUUAGCGAGUGACAAGGCGAAAGGAAUAACCGGUUCUAACUUUGUGUCUGAUAAUGGCAUGUUGCUGAAAAUUUAAUCCAUUGCUCGUAAUUAUUAUGAUAGCGCGAGAACAAAGUGCACAUUUUUAUCUGUAAUUUAGAUUUACUUGCUACUUUUUUUUAUCGUUAUGAAUGCGAUUGUGGAUACAGAAAUUGUUAUGUCAUGGAACAAUAUUAUGCCAUUUUAGAUGUCCAAAUUUAUGUUUUAGUGCUUAGAUUUAUGUAACUAGCUAUUUAUUUUUUAAUUGGUGCUCAAUAAAGUGUUUGUUUUUAAUCUUAUGAU